UACAAACGAGUGCGAAAAAAGGAACGCACGCACGAAAAGGACUCAGUGGCGGCGAGUGGCCGACUGGGACACACUUCUAUCGCAAUACCUCUUCGUUGUUUUGAAAUCCUCAUCGAAUAAAGAAUUAAAUUUCUAGCAAACAAAUUUCAAAUAGUUUGUGGUUUUAUUGGUGUGUUUUUAAUCCAUUCAGUUCUUAAAAAGUGAUUUUAGAAGAAACAGAACAAUUCAAAAAUGACUACUCAGCAACAACCGCCACCCCGAAAGGGGAAUUAUGCAAAGGUAUUGAGAAAUUUACAUGCAGAGCAGUUAUCCAAAGUACAAUGGAAACACCAGCAAGAAUGUGAAUUAUUGGAAGAUUUGAGGAAUUUCGUCAAGCAAAGAUGCGCCGUUGAGAAAUCCUAUGGCGAGGCGAUGCAGAAGAUAUCGGCCAAUUACCUCAACAAGAAAAUGCCACCCAUUCAUGAAUUGAAUCACGACGAAAUCAACCAGCAAUGGACGGUUUGGUCCAUAUGGAGAUCUCUGCUCGAAGAAACGGACAAAUUGGCAAAAGCCAAACUGGCCGCUGUGGAAAUCUUCCAAACACAAAUAGCAGACGAUGUUAAAGUCGUUCGUCAAAACAAACUCCAAUUGGCAAAAAAAAAUUUGGACCUUCUAAAAGUGGUGCAAGGUGAAGUGCAGACUUGUGUGACUGAAUUGGAUAAACUAAAGAAAGUCUACGUCGACGAUGAGCACGUCAGUCACGACGCCCGUGACAAGGCCAGGGAAGCCGAAGAAAAAUUGAAAAAGAAAAAGGGCAGCAUCUUCCAGUCAGUUUCCUCUUUACAAAAGACAUCGGCGAAAUUGGGUAGUCGAAGGGAGUUGUGCGAGGAAAAGUCGACUCAAGCCAGAAACGCCUACCUGCUUCAACUGGCUUCAGCCAACGCCCAUCAGAAUCGAUACUUUCACGUUGAUUUGCAAAAUGUCGUUAAGACGUUAGACGGCGGAAUGUACGAAAAGGUCGCCGAAUACUUUUCCAUCAUGAGCCGUACGGAACUCUACACGUGCUCCGCCUCUCAAUUCUCUUUCGGCAAGAUCAAAGAACAAGCCAUGACCAUCAGUCGGGACUACGAUUUGGCCUGUUUCGUCGACGCCUUUCCCAUUCUCAGUCAGCAUAUCAUUUACGACUUUGAGCCUUGUGACAAUGACGUCAUUGUGACGGUGGAUCAAGCUCAUGGGGCAGCCACCGGGUUGAUUCAAAGUGGAAAACAAUAUGCUUCUCGAGUCGCCCAAGAAACUAAAAAGAUCAGGGAGUCAACAAGGACGCUACAGACUCUGCAAAAUAUGAAAGAAAACGGAUUGAAGGCUGAUCCAAAUGAGCCAAAUGGACCUGAUAUUGAUGCCAAGAUUGAUGAUAUUAAAAACCAGUUGAGACGUUCAGAGACUGCCAAACUCAAAGCUGAAGCUCGAUUGGAGUGCCUUCAUGCUGGUGGAGUGAAAAUAGAUGAAUUUCUUCAAGAUGCAGAAGGGCUGAUGACUCUUGGAUUAAUGAGAUCUUCCAGCCAACUCUCUUUCAGAGAGUCAGCUCAAGAGGAAUCAGAAUUCUCUGACAGCGGCUCUCGCGCCGGUGCCGAGACAUCCCAACAGGAUGAGGAAGAAGAUGAACCUGUCGAUGAAGCUUUUGCUGAACAAGUGGUGCAGGAGCAAAUAGCUGAGAUGCAGGCCACUUGGCAAGAUCCAACCGCCGCAUGGGAUACCAACGAUGCUUGGGGUGACGAUACCGGUUCGCUUAAUGCAAAUACCACAACUACAUCUGUUCAAAUUGAGACUGCAACCAGCAACGUUUCAGAUUCUGCCCAGGCUACAGGAGAUGCUAAUAUCAUUAAAUGCAUCGCUUUCUAUCCUUACACGGCGCAAAAUGCCGACGAGCUUUCUAUGAUGGAAAAUGAAGAACUCGAAGUGCUACUGGCCUUUUCUGAAGGGGAUGGGUGGGUCAAAGCUCGAAACUACAAAGGGGAGGAAGGCUACGUACCGGAGAAUUACUUAGAUUUGCACGCUGACGAUCAAGUUCCAUGUGGAAGUGACGAGGAUCCCAAUCAAAACGUCCAUCAACACCCAGUGAUUGCCGAGGAAGUCGAACCGGAAGAUGAAGUAGAACAGGUCCACGAGGAAGAGGAAGAAGACGCGGUUAGCGUAGAGGCGGAAGGUGCCUAUCCGUUGGAGAAUCAAAUUUCAUUCUCGUCAGUUGACUACACUUACCAGCAACAGGCCAACGCCGAAGAAGAAAUAGAAUUUCCUGGUCCAACUGAAAGUGCGCCUCUACCUCCACCCCCUCCAGCUAUUGCACCCGAUGUCGAACUACCUUCGUCUCCAGUCGUUGAUGGCCAAACCAACCGAGUUAUUGGCUAUUGUCGAGCUCUUUACGACUAUGACGCCACAUCAGAUGAGGAGCUGACCUUUUAUGAAGGCGAAGUCAUUGCUAUUUUGCGUCGAUCCGGUGCUCUUCAUGAUCAGGAAGUUGACGAUGGUUGGUGGGAGGGCCAGCUGCUAACGGACGGGACAACUGGUGUUUUCCCCUCUUUAGUUGUGGAAGAAUGUGGUCCGAAUGGCGAAGAAUUGACGCCAAAGCUGUCGCCUGCAACACCUGAACAGGAAUCGGUGCCUCCACCGGGUAGCCCGCCAGUCGUCCCCACUUUCCUUUUGCCUCCUGAACGGGUCAUAAUCACGCAACCAACUCCUGAAACGGAAUUCCCUGCCGAUCACGAACACAUGUUCGACCAAAAUGCUACCAUUAAAGAAACUGACGAAGAUGAAGAUGAUCUUGCUUCUGAAAUGGUGCAAGUUCAACCAGCAACACCUACUGAAGAAGAAGGAAACGGCCAGAUUACAGACGGAUUGUCUGGAACCCAGAUCAUCGUGACUGCUUCGACGCCAAUGGUUGAACAUGAAUUUAGAUGUUUCGACGCCGUAGACGAAACGGCAAAUGACGAAAAGGAAAAGGAAACAGAACAAGAUUUUGGUGAUGAUGGAAUGGAACCGCCACCUCCACCGGCACCAGAGCCAUCAACAGCUGAAAUCUCAUGUCAGGACCAACCCCUGCCACCAGUUACAGUCGCCGAGGAGGCAAAAACAGAGACAGUCAACAGAGGAUUCGAGGAUGAAUUCGUCCAACUUGAAACUGCUAAGGAAUCUUACGCUUGAAAAACAGGCGUGAGUUUUGCUGUAUGGGGUAUAAACAUACAUUUCAACCGCCGCUGCUCAUUGAGCAAUAAUUGUUGUUACAUUUCAUCUCAAUAAUCUUUCACUCAAAUCCCACUUCACUGCCCAUUUAUUUAUUCAACCAGGUCAGCGUGUAACACGACACCACAACCAAGGGAGAAUAUGAAAUAUUCUGCUUUUUCUCCAACUAAAAUAGCCCCCCUCAUGAUUGUGAGUUCUGGCUUCAUUGUAACCAUUGUUCAUCUAAUUGUUUUUUUCAGGUGCACAAUGGGAUAGAGUAUGUCACUCUUUUUUUAGAAGCUUGUUAAUAAUCUUUGUGUUCCAUCAACAGCAAUUUCAAACAUUUUUCUGUAGUUUGGAUGAGGAUCUCAUCCUGUCAUUGAAUACCUAGCAAUUGAUUCAGUGUCUAAAACAAAAUUGAUUAAUAUCCCUUCAUCUCAUUUUGAUUCUCUUGACUCAUUAUUAAUUUUUGAAAAAGAGUGAUAAUUGUUCAAUGUAGGCAUUCCAAUCUUGCCACUGAUUUAUAGUAACAUUUUGGAAAAAAAGGAAAAAUAUUUCUACUUGCUUAUUAUCAUUAAAGGCAAAGACAUUUUCAAGGCUAACAUCAACUCAUUUGUAACAUACAAAGUCAUCAUUAGAUAUAGUCCAACCAUGACUUUCUGUUUAAUUUUCUAGUCCAUUUUUCAACAGGAGGUCAAAUGUUAGGAUAAUAGGAUAAGCCAUUAUUUAUUUGUGCAAACACUUGUAGUGUCUGUGGGGAGAAUUAUAAGCCAUAUAAGAUUAAUACUCGUAUUACCAUUUGUGUGUGUGUGUGUAUGUGGUUGAACAACUGUUCCCAUCACCGUCGUCGUUUGACAUUUUGAGAUUAUUAUGGUCUGCUCUUAGUUCUUUUUUGUCUCCGUCAUCCCCCAAUACACACACAUACUCACCAAA